AUGACUGUAGCCACUGGUGACCCCUCUGAUGAGGCGGCAGCGCACCCGGGGAACCCGGCUGAGUACGACCCUGACGCUGACCAUGAGUGCUGCGAGAGAGUGGUCAUCAACAUCUCUGGGCUACGUUUUGAGACACAGCUCAAAACUCUCUCCCAGUUCCCCGAUACUCUGCUGGGGGACCCCAAAAAGAGGAUGCGCUACUUCGACCCACUGAGGAACGAGUAUUUCUUCGACCGCAGCCGAACCAGCUUUGAUGCCAUUCUCUAUUUUUACCAGUCAGGAGGGAGGCUACGGCGGCCUGCCAAUGUGACCCUUGAUAUUUUCUCAGAGGAGAUACGUUUCUAUGAGUUGGGGGAUGAAGCCAUUGAGCUGUUCAGAGAGGAUGAGGGUUUCGUCAAGGAGGAAGAGAGGCCGCUUCCUGACAAUGAGUUUCAGAGACAAGUGUGGCUGCUGUUUGAGUACCCAGAGAGCUCAGGACCCGCUAGGAUUAUCGCUAUCAUCUCCGUCAUGGUCAUCCUUAUCUCUAUCGUAAGCUUCUGUCUGGAAACCCUGCCCAUCUUCCGCAACGACGAUGACGAACCGCACAGUGUCUUUGACACCAACACCAACACCACAAUCUACUUCACGUCCACCUACUUCACCGACCCAUUCUUCAUCCUGGAGACGCUCUGCAUCAUCUGGUUCUCAUUUGAGUUCCUGGUGCGCCUCUUUGCCUGCCCCAGCAAAUCAGGCUUCUUUGGUAACGUCAUGAACAUCAUUGACGUUGUUGCCAUUAUCCCCUACUUCAUCACCCUGGCCACAGAGCUGGCUGAGAAACCAGAGGAUGGCCAGGCCGGUCAGCAAGCCAUGUCCCUGGCUAUACUCAGGGUCAUCCGUCUAGUGCGAGUCUUCCGAAUCUUCAAGCUGUCGCGACACUCCAAGGGACUUCAGAUCCUGGGCCAGACCCUGAAGGCUAGUAUGAGGGAGCUGGGUCUGCUGAUCUUCUUCCUCUUUAUUGGAGUCAUACUGUUCUCCAGUGCCGUCUACUUUGCGGAAGCUGAUGAGCCCGAGUCACAGUUUGAAAGCAUCCCUGACGCCUUCUGGUGGGCUGUUGUCUCCAUGACGACAGUAGGUUAUGGUGACAUGGUCCCGACCACCAUUGGUGGCAAGAUUGUGGGCUCCCUCUGCGCCAUUGCAGGUGUGCUGACAAUUGCCUUGCCCGUGCCUGUCAUCGUUUCCAACUUCAACUACUUCUACCACCGUGAGACGGAGGGCGAGGAGCAGGCUCAGUGCCUAGGCCCAGUCGCCAAAGAGGAUUCGAAUGAAGAGCUGAAGAAGAGCCGGAGCGGCUCCACCAUCAGUAAAUCAGACUACAUGGAGAUCCAGGAAGGGGUGAACAACAGUAUUGAGGACCUCCCAGAAGAGAAUCUCAAGACUCAGGCCAACUGCACUACGCUGGCCAACACAAACUAUGUCAACAUCACCAAAAUGCUCACAGAUGUGUAG